AUGGACUCUAACCGACGCAGCGCGAUCUACUCUGUCCAAACCGGGCCCGACGGGAAGCCGCUGACCGGCGAACGUUCGGACGAGAAAGAAACUGGUGCUGACCCGGUGAAGAGCGGCAAGGUGCCGAACCCGAAGAAGAAAGAAGGUGCUGCGAAGGAAGCUGUGAAGGCUGUCAACCCUUUGCCUUCGAAGCGUUGCUAUGGAUGUCUGAAUCCUGCUCCUCCGGCCGGGCGCUUCUGCUUCAAGUGCGUUAACCGGAAAAGCUCGACUUCGAACAAGAUGUGCAACAACUAUUGCCCGUUGUACCGCAAGAUGGCGAAUAUCCGCCCGCACCCCGAUCUGAGCGAUCUGAGCGAUCACGAGCUGCUCAUGGCCGCCCUCAACAUGCAGCGGUGCGCGACGUGCUGGUGGAGCGACUGCGUGUACCGCCUCAGCUUCCUGAACGGCAAG